AUGAGUGAAAAGAGAGGAAAAAAGGCAAGCAGAAGGAAGCGAAGUCCAAUAAAAUUCUAGAAAAAGGCAGAAGGACCAAAAUUCGCGGCGCAAAAGACCUAAUCGGUGACGGAUGUAGAUAAAAUUUUUUCUAGGUGAGAAAAUAAACAAGCAAAGAAAAAAAAAGACGAAGUGUCAAAUUUCAACAAUAAUAAUCCUUCAAAAAAUUCCACAAACGGGACCCACUUCUCUCUCUAAAAUUCACGUCCAGACAAAAAUCUCAUCAGCUGCCCUACCAUAACACUCACUUUAUUUCGUUAGUAACUCUCCUGUCCCUUCCUCCGCCACGUCCCACCAUGACCACCGCCGUAUGCGCUGCCUUAUCUGAGACCAAAGCCACUACCUUUACUGUAUUCUUUCAAAGAACAAAAAACUAAAUUACAAGUUCAUUCUUUUACUUUUCCUAAACCUUUUUCCAAGAUUCCAAAAAAGGAUACUUUUUUUUUUCUUUUUGCAAAUUCUGUAGUUUAUUUGGUUCCUGAAAGUUAGUUAUGGAGCCGCCGGAGAAUAGUAAUAAGGAUAGUAACGGCUACGAAUUGGCGGAGAAAAUAAUCUUACGGUGGGAUUCAGCAGCAUCGGAGGAAGCAAGUGAUAGAAUGAUUUUCGAAACGGAUCGUCAAGAAGCAGAUCUUUACCUCCGAGCCGUCGAUGAAAUCCAACGGUCCUUAUCGAACGCAUCAAUCUCAACCUCUUCCAAUAACGCCGCCGGUGGUCAGUCAAAAGCCAACACCACAAUCCAGAUCGCCAUGGCUCGUCUGGAAGACGAGUUCCGCAACAUCCUCAUUACUCACACCUCCGGCUUAGAAACCGGUUUCUUCUUCGAUAGGACGUCGUCUUCAACAUCAACUCCUUCUAAUCACGAGCUCGAAGAAGACGACAGCUUAAGCAACGAUAAUAGCAGUAGCAACAAUCUCCUUCAGCUUCAGCACUGUAACUCUUCGGAUAGUUCGAGUCACCGAUCUACGAGCAGUGUCCGAGAAGUGGAUCUGAUGCCUGCCGAAGCUAUUUCCGAUUUACAAGCGAUUGCGACGAGGAUGAUCUCGUCCGGUUACUUACGGGAGUGUAUUCAAGUGUACGGUAGCAUCAGGAAAUCCGCCGUUGACUCGAGUUUUAGGAAACUCGGAAUAGAGAAGCUCAGCAUCGGAGAAAUCCAAAGGCUUGAAUGGGAAGAUUUGGAGAGUAAAUUUCGGCGUUGGAUUCGAGCCGCGAGAGUUUGCGUCAGGAUUCUCUUUGCGAGCGAGAAGAAACUUUGUGAGCAAAUCUUUGAGUGUGUCGGAACGGAUAUUGAUGACGUGUGUUUUGUGGAAACAGUUAAAGGGCCUGCAAUUCAGUUAUUUAACUUCGCGGAAGCCAUAAGUAUAAGUAGGAGAUCUCCUGAAAAGCUUUUUAAGACACUUGAUUUACAUGAUGCUUUGAUGAAUUUAUUGCCUGAUAUUGAGGCGGUUUUCGAUUCCAAAUCAUCUGAUUCCAUUCGAGUUCAGGCUGCCGAGAUUUUGUCCAGGUUAGCUGAGGCCGCACGAGGGAUUUUGUCCGAAUUCGAAAACGCAGUUUUAAGAGAGCCCUCUAUUGUGCCUGUCCCUGGUGGGACGAUCCAUCCUUUGACUAGGUAUGUUAUGAACUAUAUCAGUUUGAUAUCAGAUUAUAAACCGACUUUGAUUGGGCUUAUAAUUUCGAAACCAUCGACGGGUUCGAGGUAUUCCGGGGAUCCAUCGACCCCAGAUAUGGAGUUUGCUGAGUUGGAAGGGAAAACUCCUUUAGCUUUGCAUUUGAUUUGGAUUAUUGUGGUUUUGCAAUUCAAUUUGGCUGGGAAGUCUAAGCAUUAUAGAGAUGCAUCUUUGGCGCAUUUGUCUAUAAUGAAUAACGUUCAUUAUAUUGUUCAGAAGGUUAAAGGGUCACCCGAGUUGAGGGAAAUGAUUGGGGAUGAUUAUUUGAAGAAGUUGACUGGAAAGUUUAGGCAGGCGGCGACUGGUUAUCAAAGAGCUACCUGGGUGAGUGUUUUAUAUUGUUUGAGAGCUGAAGGAUUGCAUGUCAAUGGUAGUUUUUCUUCUGGGGUGUCAAAGAUUGCAUUGAGGGAAAGGUUUAAGACUUUCAAUGCUAUGUUCGAUGAGGUUCAUAGGACUCAAGCAACAUGGUUGAUACCUGAUGCUCAGCUUAGGGAGGAACUAAGGAUUUCUAUGUCCGAGAAGUUGAUCCCAGCUUAUAGGUCGUUUCUUGGGCGGUUCAAGAGCCAUAUAGAGAGUGGAAAGUACCCAGAGAAUUACAUCAAGUAUUCAGUUGAAGACUUGGAAACUGCUGUGUUGGAUUUCUUUGACGGAUACCCUGUGUCCCAGCACUUGAGGAGAAGAUCUCAGUGAAGGAGUUGAUGUGAGCUGAGAUGAGUUUUGCCAUGGUAGAAACUAGGAGACAUUUUUACAAUUUUUUGUGGGGCUUGUAUUUGGGCGAUAUGGUGCUGGUGAAUCUGGCGCUUCCCUGAGCUCUCCAAUUUGUUUAAAAAUGGCUGAUUGAAUUAUUUCCACGGUUGAGGAAGCAACAAGAUCAGGUGUUAGCUUUCCAGACCAGCCAGGUUCCAGAACUGAAUGCUUUCCGCACUGUAAGCAUUAAUAAGUUGGUUUUGUCACCACAUUCUAGAUUUUGUUCCAUUUGUUCAUAUGGUUAUUGCUGUAUCUGUAAUUUGUAAUUUUGUAUGUGUUUGCUUUCACUAUUAUUAAUGAUAUGAAGAAGCCUUUUUUCCACCUCUAUCU